CUCCAAAGCUCGACAUCAUUGGAGACCGUUACUCACAUGUAAGCAGAGCGACUGGGAGGCAGGGCAUUUUAGAGAAACAGAGACACAGCAAGAGCGAGAGAGAGAGAGACAGAGUAGUAGUAGUAGAGACAGGCAGAGACUGAGGCAUGUCCAGAAUCUGACACGCUACAAGGACUCGGAGCACUGAAUAGCUGAAGAAAAAGACGACACCAAUCAGCCACUAUGCAGGGAGUCCACAUCGGCUCUUUCCCUCUGACCCCCCUAAUAACAGCCCUCCUGAUCCUCCUGCUGUGUUCAGCUGGUUCUGGUCUGGAGCUGAGCCCCAGCAUGAAAGAGAUCAUCCUGACCGCUAAUUCAUCCAUCUCCAUCACCUGUUCGGGCUGGGCACCCGUCUCCUGGCGCUACAAAAGAGAUGAGAAAGUACCUGUGUUUAGAACAGAGAACCGGUCCCUCACUUCUAGCAUUCUUCACCUGGAGAAUGUCACAUGGAACCACACAGGAGUGUACGUGUGCUCUGAGAAUGGCUCUGAGGAGUUCAGGGAGGUGCCUGUCUAUGUGCCUGACCAGGAUGAAUGGUUUUUGGAUAACGACUAUUAUGCAGUCACUAAGACAAAGGAAGAAGGAACAGUCCCCUGUCUGGUGACAGACCCAAAAAUAAACGUGACCCUUCAUGAAAAAGACACUGAAAUCCCAGUAAUGGGCAACUACAAUCCCACCAUUGGCUUUACCGGAAUGUUGGAAGAUAAGAUUUACAAAUGCAGAGGAGAAUACAAUGGAGUUGAAAAGUGGUCCAAUUUAUUCUACGUCUUCAGCAUCUUAGUUCCUGAGGUGCUGGACACCCACAUCAAUGCCUCCAAGACGGUGCUGAAACAAGGCGAGCCACUCAGCAUCAACUGCACUGCCCACGGAGUUGAGCUCGUCUUCUUCUCCUGGGGUUUGCCGAACAAAGACGCUGAAGGUGUGGAAAUCCUGACAGAUAUGAUCCCAGCGACCAUGAGCAUGCGCUCCUUCGUGAACAUUUCCCAAACCACCGUGAAUCACUCUGGACAAUACUUCUGCUAUGCCCAAGAGAGUGUGGGCAACCAACACACUUCAGCUAGCAUCAACAUCACUGUGCUGGAGAGAGGUUUCGUCGAGUUGAGCUCGUUUCAAAGCCCCAACGUUUCAGCAUUGCUGCAUGAGAACGUGCAGCUGAGGGUGGAGGUGGGAGCGUACCCCAAGCCUCACAUCCGAUGGAGCAAAGACGGAGCCAUGAUCAAUGGAGACAAUAUCAUUAGCAUGAGUCAGGAACAAGAGACCAGGUACGUCAGCAUAUUAACUCUAGUGAGAAUUCGCCUUGAGCAGAAAGGAUAUUACACUAUUCAUGUUGACAACGAGGACGAUUCCAAACAGAUGACUUUUGACCUAGUGGUUAAAGUUCCCCCUCAGAUAACCGAACUUUCAGAUCAUCACCUGCCGGAUAAGAAGCACGCAGUCACCUGUGUGGCAGAGGGAGUCCCAUCUCCCAGAAUCCAGUGGUUAAGCUGUGAGAGCAUGCACAAAUGCAGCAACAAAAGUGCUAUGUGGAGCCCCCUAGUGGCAGAUACAGAAAGCAUCAGCAUUGUGACUAACACGACCUAUAACGAGAGCCGCAAGAUCCACCAGGUGUUCAGCCAGGUGAUGUUUCUCCAUCCUCAGCAGAUCACUGUCCGCUGCCAGGCCAGGAACGAGAGAGGCGCACGGGCAAGGGACAUCAGACUUAUCACUAGCACUAUCUUCUCACAGGUGGCUGUUCUGGCUGCUGUUCUUGCUCUAGUCGUCAUAGCCAUCAUUUUUAUCAUCAUCCUAAUCGCCGUGUGGAGGAAGAAGCCACGUUAUGAGAUUAGAUGGAAGGUGAUCGAGUCUGUGAGUCAGGAUGGACACGAGUACAUCUACGUAGACCCAGUACACCUCCCUUAUGACCUGGCUUGGGAGAUGCCUAGACACAGCCUGGUUCUAGGUCGCACGCUGGGAUCAGGGGCAUUUGGCAGAGUGGUGGAAGCAACUGCAUAUGGACUCACCAGUUCCCAAUCUUCUGUUAAAGUGGCUGUGAAAAUGCUCAAAUCGACGGCACGUAGGAGCGAGACUCAGGCUCUGAUGUCCGAGCUGAAGAUCAUGAGUCACUUGGGUCCACACCUCAACAUCGUCAACCUGCUGGGAGCCUGCACCAAACAAGGUCCUCUGUACCUGGUGACGGAGUUCUGUCGAUACGGAGACCUGGUGGACUACCUGCACAGGAACAAGCAGAGCUUCCUGCAGAACUAUGCCAACAAGAGCCACAUUACUAACAGCAGCGACAGUCACAUCUCCAUCGACUCUGAUGUGACAUCUGGGAAAGGCUAUGUGUCAUUUGGCUCUGAGAGUGAUGGGGGUUAUAUGGACAUGAGAAAAGAGGAUAUAACUGAAUAUGUGGCCAUGCAAGAGCUGACAGACACCAUCAAAUAUGCUGAUAUCCAGCCAUCUCCAUAUGAGUCACCAUAUCAGCAGGACAUCUACCAGGAACAAGGUCACAGAGUGGACCUCUCACUGGUCAUCAGUGAUUCUCCUAUUCUGAGCUAUUCUGAUCUGGUGGGCUUCAGCUUUCAGGUGGCCAAAGGCAUGGAGUUUCUGGCAUCCAAAAAUUGUGUUCAUCGGGACCUGGCGGCCAGGAACGUCUUGAUAUGUGAGGGAAAACUGGUGAAAAUCUGUGAUUUUGGGCUGGCCCGAGACAUCAUGCAUGAUAACAAUUACAUCUCCAAAGGCAGUACUUUCCUGCCCCUUAAAUGGAUGGCCCCAGAGAGCAUCUUCCAUAACCUCUACACCACGCUCAGUGAUGUCUGGUCUUAUGGCAUUUUGCUGUGGGAGAUAUUCACUCUGGGUGGAACCCCAUACCCAGAUCUUCCUAUGAAUGAGCACUUUUAUAACGCUCUUAAGAGAGGCUAUCGGAUGGCCAAACCCAUGCACGCCUCAGAGGAAAUUUACGAGGUGAUGAGGAAGUGCUGGGAAGAGAAGUUUGAGAAAAGGCCAGAGUUCUCCUAUCUGGUGCAGGAGAUGGGGAACAUGCUUACUGAUGGCUAUAAAAAGCGAUACUCCCAGGUCAGUGAGAGUUUUCAGAAGAGUGAUCAUCCAGCCGUAGUACGUGGCAAGCCCAGGGUGCCCUCUCCAUUCCCGGGCACACUCCCUCUCUCUUCCCCUUCCACCAUUUUCCCUCCAACCUCCACACCUAACCGUUGCCUAGAGGCUGAUCAAGACAUGGCACCAGCACCUUAUAACGGUUACAUCAUCCCAAUCCCUGACCCCAAGCCUGAAGAAGAGUGCCAGGAAGUCAGUGUGCCAGCAGAAAGCCCCUCGAGCUCUGUAGGUUCUGAGGCAGAAACAGCAUCAUUCGAGGCUCCCAGUGCAGAACAGGAGUACAAUGAUCAACUGAAGGAACACUCCAAAACUCCUGAAGCAGAGGAGAGCUUCCUGUAGCUUCCUCUUACACUGGAGAAUAUCUGCGAUUGACAUUCAGAUUGACAUUGACAUUUAUCUGGUUAAUACAGAGCAUAUAGUGUGACAUUGUGGUUGUUAGACACAACUAAUUAAUAUAUAUAUAUAUCGAGGCCAUAACUUAAUAUUUCCAGAUGACAAACUAGUGUUGUAAUCCAUUGUACUCAGAAACUUGGUUCUAAAAGUUGGUUCCAGUGAUUUGGAUGAGAAAGUCAUGGAAGUUAAUAUUUGUAUGUCCAGAUAAACACAUUAAUAAGAUCUUUAUGAAAGAAAUUGCAUAAAAUGCAGGUCAACUGUCUUGAUUAUCUUUCCUCACAACAUAUAGUCAGCAGAAGUACGUUACAAGCUUAUAAAGUGAAACUAAAAUGAAAACUGUUGAAAUAUCUUCACAGCAGAGUUAUCAAGCUCUCAAGUAGAAAAUGCUAAGGGAAUUCUGUCAUGGGUUUAUUUCAGAUAACUCAAGCAAAUAGAUGUUGCCCAAGAUCCCAGUGUUAAAGUUGAACGACAUUCCAUUGCACUGUUCCGUGAUGGAGGUAGAGUUUCAAGUACAGUGGAUUGCAUUUUAAGCAUUUUGUGGCAAAAAAUUUGCCAUGACUUUAUACCUUACAGUAUAUUUGCUUCAGUGUGAUGUGGACUAAUGCUCUAUCCAUGUUACAGCACAAGUGAAUCCAUUAUGUGUUAUUCCAAGAUGGAAGUAAAAUGUAAUAUUAACAGUAAAACUCCAUACAUAGGCUCAUGUUGCCACAAUGCUGGUCAAAUUCUUUUUCAAAUAUAAUAGGUGGAACAAAUUACAUAACAGAUCUUGAGAAACUUACCUAGUGUCCUCAGUAUAUACAUUCCUGGCGAAACCUUUUUUAUAUUUUUUUUCUCAUAAACCGUUAUUCUGUACAAGAGCAGUUAGGAUUACUACAUGCAACUUGUAUCAGCUUUUAUACAAUAACUUACAGGAAAGAUUUUUUUGAGGAAUAGAUUUCGACCUCAGUGUUUCUAAAGCUGCGUUCGACUUCUAACUUGGAAUUUCCCAUCUCUGACAAAAAAACAAAGACAUCGGAAUGAGAAAGGAAAAUACAAGGCAAGAAAAAGAAAAGAAUGUUUUGAUCACAAUUGAAGGUAAGAAUAUUUAGUCUAUGUAUGAGGUUAGCCAGUCAGUACUUUUUAAGUGAACUCCACUUAAAAGCCAGAUGGAAAUCAGUGAGUAACUAUUGACUGAUGUUAACUGAUAUAUUUAGAGUUGUUACAUUGUCCGCUUAUAUUUACAUAAAUUUUAAAAAAUGAUGAAUUCACCAGAUAGUGAAUUGUGGUUCAGUCAGUCGUGACUCAAAACUCUCUUGCUCAUGCGCCGGUUCUAAUUUAGACUCAUUUUGAAACUGAAUUUGAAUCCAUUUAAACACAAUUCAUUAUGUUAGUCAUAUAUACAGUCAAUGGGCUCAUUUCAAUGCAUCAGGAAAAAACACUAGUAGGAAUUCCUAGCAGUUGAGGGGGUAGUUUUCUUCUCCUAGGCUAAGGUUGGAAAUUCUGAGUUAGUCGAAAGCAGCGCAAAAAACCUUUUUCCCGAAGGCAUCAUUUAGAAGGCGUUUUCAGGAUCUGUUAAAACUUAUUGAUUCACGUUGCUGUUUAUUUCCAACACUUUCAGGUGAAUAUAUACAUAUAAAAUAUACAUAUAUUGUGCUAUAAUAUAUAAAUAGACCUGUACACACAUUGACAGUGGUCCAAGUUGAGGCUUGCCAUGAGCUGCCCUUAUGUUUUAUAAUGCUGCAUUAUAAACUUCCUCUUCCGUCGUUGUUAAUAUCAGCUGAACCCUGCCAUCCUGCAGACUUUCUCCUAUUGGCUGAUACAUGGCCAUGUUACAGGACAUUGUGACAAAAUGCAGCUCUGGUGAAUGCAGUUUCUGUGCUUUGGGUGAGUGCAGCCUUGAGCACUUUGUCUAUAUUAAACUACAUGGCAAAAUGUGCACAGAUAUCGAAAUGCCCUUUUGAACAAAUCUAAUCAUUGCUGUUUAUGCAAAUGAGGUCAAGUGAAUUUUACAAGCAUGAGACCGUACUGAAAACUAGCAGUUGAUACGUUCCUGAAUAACACUAUGUAGUAGUGUGGGACAGGAACAGAAAUCAGGUUUAGCUAUUUCCAGUAACAUGAAAUGGAGAAUGUUCCAACUCAAUGUGCUUAAAAGUCUAAACAAUCUCAGUCAUCAGUAUCACAAUGACCUGCUAUAAGUGGCACUGUAAAGUGCUAAUAUAUUUUUUGUUUUGUUUUGUUUUUUUAAAGUCUAUCAUAUUGUAAAUUGUUGUAGUAGUUUUUUUUAAAAGGUAUUUUCUAUUUCACAACUGUUGAACAGAGCCUUAUGCAAAAUAACUACAUGUGUUUUUUUUAAAUUGUUUUUUAAAAUAUUAUUUUCCAUUUUCCUAUAAUUUACCUUUUAGGGAAGAGAAUUCUUACAAGCCUUGUAGCAAGUUUGCACUUUAAAAAAAAAAAAAAAUGUAUGGAAAAUUGAAUGACCUAGAAGAUUUUUUAUUUUUUAUUUUUAUUUUUGGUAUUAUUUCUUUCUUCCUUUUUUUUUUACUUUAAUGAGUGAAAUGAAGGUACAGUAAAUGAAUAGAGGUAUUAAAUACUGUUGAUGCAGUAUUAUGAAGAAAAAUAAUUUCUUUCCUUUAGCAUUGUAACCUUCUGACUGAAACACUAGUGAAAAAAAAGAAAAACCACAGGUUAAGGUACUAGAUCCAGGGCAACUCUUUAAGUGUGAAACUUUGUUUUGUGUUACUUAUUUUUGCUGAAAGAGACUCUGUAUCUUUAUGUUAAAAUAGCAUUACAAUGUUGAGCCUCCAGUAUUAAAAAGUCUCUUUUUAAACCAAUAAAGGGCCAAUCCCAUUUUUAUAUACAAAAAACCAUCACUAGAAAUAAUAAAAACUAACCUCAGAACAGUAGCAAUGGCCCAUGCCAUAUAUCUACUAACAACAGCCAUUUUGUUUAAAAACACACACAAAAAACUAUAGUGCUUUGCUUUCUUUUGACUUUUCUAGCCUUUUUUUUUUGUAUAUGAGCCAAACCUUAUUUAGUGCCACACAUCAUAAAUCACACUUUAUGAGAAAAUAUUAUACACGCUAUGGUACCAAAGCUUUACAUUAUGUAUGUUUACAAGUGUAUUUUUGUAUAAAUAUUUUGUAUAUUGUACUUUAAAUGUACUGAAUGUUCUAUAUGUAGGAAACCUAUAAUAAAGAUAAAGAAAAUA